UCCGUUCUCGCCGCGGGCAGCGGGCAGCGGGCGGCGGAGGCAGCGCGCCACGGUCGCCGGGAGCUGGGAGCCCCGGGCGCCCGCUCCUCGGCGCAGCAUGUUCCAGCCGGCGCCCAAGCGCUGCUUCACCAUCGAGUCGCUGGUGGCCAAGGACAGUCCCCUGCCCGCCUCGCGCUCUGAGGACCCCAUCCGUCCCGCGGCGCUCAGCUACGCCAACUCCAGCCCCAUAAACCCGUUCCUCAACGGCUUCCACUCGGCCGCCGCCGCCGCCGCCGGCAGGGGCGUCUACUCCAACCCGGACUUGGUGUUCGCCGAGGCGGUCUCGCACCCGCCCAACCCGGCCGUGCCCGUGCACCCGGUGCCGCCGCCGCACGCCCUGGCCGCCCACCCCCUGCCCUCCUCGCACUCGCCACACCCCCUCUUCGCCUCGCAGCAGCGGGACCCGUCCACCUUCUACCCCUGGCUCAUCCAUCGCUACCGAUAUCUGGGCCACCGCUUCCAAGGGAACGACACAAGUCCGGAGAGCUUCCUUUUGCACAACGCGCUGGCCCGAAAGCCGAAGCGGAUCCGAACCGCCUUUUCCCCGUCCCAGCUUCUGAGGCUGGAACACGCCUUCGAGAAGAACCACUACGUGGUGGGUGCAGAGAGGAAGCAGCUGGCGCACAGCCUCAGCCUCACGGAAACUCAGGUAAAAGUAUGGUUUCAGAACCGAAGGACGAAGUUCAAAAGGCAGAAGCUGGAGGAAGAAGGCUCAGAUUCUCAACAAAAGAAAAAAGGGACGCACCAUAUUAACCGGUGGAGAAUCGCCACAAAGCAGGCGAGUCCCGAGGAAAUAGAUGUGACCUCAGACGAUUAAAAACACAAACAGAACCCCACAGAAACGGACAACACGGAGCAAAACAGACAGGGAGAGGAGGGGAAGAAGAAAAAACCCUACAAAACAAAAACAAACCACACACACAUUCACGGAGAAGGGGCGAGGGAGUCAGAGAGAGGAGCGGCGCGACGCAGACGCUGGGCGGCAAGAGCGCGGGGUCCUGAUCCGAGGCCGCGCCGAGAUGGCAGAGGACGGAGGCUCCCUGAUGAACACGCAACCCUUGUCUAAAGAGGCAGCUUGAGAGAGACAGACAGAGACAGAGACAGAGACAGAGAGAGAGAGAGAUCCGAAGGUGGCAAAGCCGAAGGCGCUCUGACAAGGGGAGCUGUCAGUCAAACGCCAAACCAGCGAGACAAGAUGAUUGGCAGGUAUUCCGGUUAUCUCGCAGUCCGAUUUUUAAAAAAAUGAUGAUGAUGAUAAUGAUAAUGAUAAAAGAAAAACCCCAGCCAGGCACAGGACUUUUUAUUUUGCACUUCGAAGUGUUUUUUUCCCCCGAUCUUUAAAAGUAAUCAGUGAUAAUUACAAUCGGGACUCCACAUCCAGCCCCAUCCCACACCUGUUCAGAAACUUGAAUUGCAUGUAGCAGUUGUUGGGCGAAUGGUGUCUUAAGACAGAAAGUGAAUUGUAAUUUUCUUUUCCUUUUAAAGACAGGUUCUGCGUGCUUUUUAUUUUGAUUUUUUUGCAAGAAAUGUGCAGUCUGUAAACACUUUUUGAUACCUUCUGACGUCAAAGUGAUUGUGAAAGCUAAAUGAAGUAGGCUCAGCGAUAGUGAUCCUCUUUCAGAGAAACGGGGAGCAGGAUGGGGGGCUGGGGGGGGAGGGGGAGGGUGCCCACAAGAGGAGUCAAGACUUGUACUGGGAAAAACAAAACCCUAAAUUAAUUCUAUUUCUUGGACAUUCCUUUCCUAACAUCCCAAGGCUUAAAACCACGAACUAAACUCCUUUUAGUGGUUGACGGUAUUGGCCGAGUUCAACCAUUUGCCGUAAAUAAAGGCCAUUCCAAACUUUCAAUCUAUCUAUUGCAAAAACUGAAGGACUGUAGUUAGCGGGGAUGAUAAGUGUGGCCAAGAACACGGCAGCAAGUUUUCAAGCACUGAGUUUCUAUUCCAAGAUCAUAGACUUACUAAAGAGAGUGACAAAUGCUUCCUUAAUGUCUUCUAUACCAGAAUGUAAAUAUUUUUGUGUUCUGUGUUAAUUUGUUAGAAUUCUAACACACUAUAUACUUCCAAGAAGUAUGUCAAUGUCAAUAUUUUGUCAAUAAAGAUUUAUCAAUAUGCCCUCA